UCCGCCAUCUUGGCGGCUGCCCUCAGCGGCGCGGCGGAAGUGACGUUGUUAAACGGCGUCACGCCCCGGUGACGAGCGGCGGCAGGGGCCCGGCGGGGAGGGGAGCGCGGAGCGAGCGGCGCCAUGGGGGGGGGCGACCUGAACCUGAAGAAGAGCUGGCACCCGCAGACCCUGCGCAAUGUGGAGAAGGUGUGGAAGGCCGAGCAGAAGCAUGAGGCCGAGCGCAAGAAGAUCGAGGAGCUGCAGCGGGAGCUGCAGGAGGAGCGGGCCCGCGAGGAGAUGCAGCGCUACGCCGAGGACAUGGGCACCGUCAGGAAAAGAGAAGAGAAGUUGGAGUGGAUGUACCAGGGUCCUGGGGGCAUGGUCAACAGAGAGGAAUACCUGAUGGGUCGCCCCGUGGACAAGUACGUCUUUGAGAAGACAGAAGACAAGGAUGCGGGCUGUUCCAACGAGACGGGGCUUCUCCCAGGCUCCAUUUUUGCCAAGUCUGGUGCCAAUUCCGUUCUAGACAUGGCGAACAAAAUCCGUGAGGAUCCGCUCUUCAUGAUAAGAAAGAGAGAGGAGGAGAAGAAGAGAGAAGUUUUGAAUAAUCCUGUGAAAAUGAAGAAAAUCAAAGAACUGCUGCAAAACAGUUUGGAUAAAAAAGAGAAAAAGAAGAAGAAAGAGAAGAAGAAGAAGCACAAGAAACAUCGACAUCGCAGUUCUAGCAGUGAAAGUGCCAGCAGUGAUGAGGAGCGAAGCAAAGCUAGGUCUCAGAAGAAGAUGAACAGCUCCUCCUGGAAACCUGCUCCUACCAAAGUCCCAGGAUACGGCUUACAGGUUAGAGACUCUGACCUGAGCCACAAGUCCCGGAGUUCCCCAGCUGCCGGCCAGGAGAGGGCCCCCCACAAGCACCGGGAUCGCUCCAGGUCCCGGAGCCAGUCCCGCUCGCCGCAGAGACGUGGGAGCAAGAAGAGCACAGAGCAGUCUGGGUGCAGGGGGUCCCGAUCUCCGUCUAGACACAGCAAACACAAUCGAGAGGAGAAAGGAAGAGCUAGAAGCCCUUCCCCUAAAAAGAGCUACCGACGACAGCAUGUUCCAGGGUACACAAGAAAGAUCUCUCCAGAGGAACUGGAGCGUAAACGCCAGGAAAUGAUGGAAAAUGCCAAGUGGCGGGAAGAAGAAAGAGCAAACAACCUCAGGAAACAUCGAAAGGAGGAGGAGCUGGAACGAGAGCUGGAGAAGCUGGACUCCCGGGAUGGAAAGUUCUUGCAUCGCUUAAAACUAGAGAGUGCGUCUACUUCCACUCUAGAAGACCGAGUAAAACGCAACAUCCACUCCCUUCAGAGAACUCCUGCGGCCUUGGAAAAAAACUUUAUGCAGAGAUGAAACUUGUUCUUCCUCUGCUCCUGUGCAGGAGCUAAGCGGACACGUCUCCCCCAAGGUGAGAGACCUCCAGCACAGGUUCACUGCUCUCUCCAGGAACAGCUCCCGUCUCCCAGAGAGGUGCUGGAUUUCUGUGCUGCGGCCCGCGGGGCGCUCUGGACUUCUGGCACUGCGCCCCCCUUCGUGAUGACCACGACCUCGCCACCAAGCCGUAGCUGGAGGAGCUGCGCGCCCUCAUGUUCCGUAGCCUAGUGCCAGACCUCUUCCUGUUCUCUCCACCUUGCGUGGUACCGUUUUGUAUAUCGUUAGUGCCAGACUCUGCGGGGCGGUAGCUGCUUGAUGCCAGGCAGGGUGCGCGGGCUUCUCCGGCCGAGCAAAGCCCUGCUUCUGUCAGACC